AUGUCCUUCGACGAAACCCAGCUGAUGGAGGCCAGGGCGGAGCUGAACAACUUCUCCGGGUACAUGAAGGACCGAGCGGAGGACUGCAAUCUGUCGACCGGACCUCCGCCAUCCCUCAGCGGCGAGCAGGGGAUGGAUGUGGACCGCACCAAAAGACCUCAGGCAACGGAGGAAACCCCAGCCCAGAAGUUUGCCAAGGGACAGGAGAAAGGCCAAGCCCCGGGAACCACCGAGGAUCCGCAGGACACCUCAGCGCCUUCGACCCUGCCGAACACAGGCUCAGAGACAGGGACAAGCGGGUCAAAGGGGCCAAAGCUGGGGCGACAGAAGGGGCAGAGCUCCUCAGGGGGCCAGUGGUGGAAAACGGAGCAGAAGCCGAGCAGCUCCAAGGACAAGAAGGAGGAGGAGCUCAAGGAGAUGGUCCGCCUGAUGGGGCGGAUGUUACUCCGCGUCGAGGACUCAAUGACCAUCCAGGGUCUGGAUACCAAUUUCAUGGUGUUCCUACGGACGGACGAAGGAGACAACGGAUGGUCAGUCACACAGGGGCUCUAUGCCGUGGCUCAGCGGUGGCACAACCAAAAGGAGGAAAAUCCAAAGCAGCUGGAACUUCCGAUGCGAAACGUCUUGCUACACUGCUUUCUCGAUGCCCUCCUCGACAAGAUCAAGAAGAUCAACCACGACAAGGAACUGCUCGAAACGGCUCAGAAGCUCGGGCUGGUGGUGGACGAGACCUUCCCCUUUCUCCAGUGGGAUCACGAAAAGAAAUGCCAUGUACGGGCGACCCAGGACCCCCUUUCCUACGAGGAGGCCCUCCGGACGGUGACUGCCCUGUCCCAGCUCACGGCGAUGCCGGAUGUGAUCGGCAGGUUCCAUGCCCUGAGAAGGUUAUCCGAGCAGCAUCAGUCGGAGGUAGUGCCGUUCAUUUUGCAAGUGCAGAACAGGAAUGCGGAAGCACAGCAGUUCUAUCAGGGCAUGCGUCGUCUCUGCAGAUGUUCGGUCAUGCACCUGGUGGGUGCGACCCUUCGCCCCACCAAAUUGGGCCGUUCGCCGAUGGCCCUGCAAAUCGAACGGACAGCCGAUGCUUGGACCUGCAAUGCAGAGGCUGGCCCAGUGGUUGGUUCGUAA